CCCACGUCGGUAGCUCUCGUCCAUACAGUGCGAAACUACUCACCCCCCGAACCUCGGCGUUCUGACACUAAGUUCAAUCACGUUCGGCUGAGGAGAUCCGAUCGUUGGAACUGCUCUCUUCAGCCAGUCUGCUUUGUUUCUCACCCCAACUCGGAAGUGUAUCUUACCGGCCUUCGGCAGGCAAUACAUCUGAGGGUUCCAUACUCGUUCUUUUAAGUCCCUCUCAAAAACCAUCCAUUCUCCCUUCAUGGCUCCUCAGACAGACAUUCCCAUUGCAGCCAACGUGUUAGGAACAAUAGGUACAGGUGAGCGAACUGGCCCUUGGUCCAACAACAGUCUGAGAGAAGUCAGAGUUAACAGGCCGAAGUGUAAGCUUCCACCACCUGGAUUAAAAGAUACUCACUUUCACUGUCAUUAUUCUCAUCAUCCCUCCAGGUUAUGGUGUAUCCAGCUCAUACCCCAAAUAUGGACCAACUGGCGGACAAAGAAGACGGAUGGACUGCCGGGCUUGAUGAUGUUUCUAUGGGCUCUAUGCGGCCUUCCGUUCGGAGUAUAUGCAGUUACUCAGAACUUUAACAUCCCUCUACAAGUGCAACCGCAUGUCUUUAUGGCCCUCUGCCUCAUCUCCUGGGCACAGGUCCUAGUCUACCACCGCAACUGGCCUGCAUGGAAAGCUUCGCUGUUGGGUCUUGUGGUCGCCGCUGUUUUUGCCGGUCUUGAAGCCGCGCUGAUACUGACGUUGAAGCCGAUAUACGACGAAGGCAACGAGGUCCCUAUAAUGGUUGUGGGUAUAAUAGCCGCAAUCCUCCUCGCUGCUGGGCUUCUCCCACCGUACGGUGAGCUGUGGAAGCGGAGAGGGAGAGUAAUCGGAAUUAACUGGGUCUUCCUCGCCAUGGACUGGUCUGGCGCAUUCUUCUCGCUCAUGGCUUUGGGUAGGCUAAUUUGGCUCGCUUCUGGUCGGUUGGUAGGGCUGACAGAGGCAGUUACCCAAAACACAUUUGACGUCCUCGGGGGCGUUCUCUACAUCGUAUGGUGAGUAGCUCACACCACGGCUUAUGUCAUGGCUCGGAGUUCUUACU